AUGUCAAAAUUAAACGAUACAAAAUUAUAUGAAGCAACGAAACGUUUGGAAAAGCGUUUAAAAGAUCGUGAAGAUGAAUAUGUCACUUAUAAACAAUUUCAUAUUCUUGUUGGAACAUUUAAUGUUAAUAAUCGACAGCCACCAUCGGAUACUUUACUUGAAGAAUGGCUUUAUCGUGUAACGAAUAACGAUGAUCGUAAACAACAAACUCUGCCGGAUAUAAUUGCUGUUGGUUUUCAAGAAAUUGAUACAAGUGGUGGUGCAUAUAUCUAUGAUGAUAGAAAACGAGAAGAUGAAUGGGAACGUAUUGUACGAAAAACAAUUAAAGCUUGUUAUAAACCAAAAGAUGACAGUCAUAAAUUUCAAUUACUAAAUCGUAUUAGACUUAUGGGUAUUUUACUAUUUGUAUAUGUACGUACUCCACAUAUGGCAAAAUGUACAUCAAUUUCUCGUUCAUCAGUUCCAACUGGUUUUAUGGGUCUUGCUGGUAAUAAAGGUGGUGUUGGUAUUAGUUUUAAUUUUUAUCAAACACAAAUUUGUUUUAUUAAUUGUCAUUUUGCAUCGGGUGAUGGACAAACACAAAAACGUAAUGAAGAUUAUCAGACAAUAGAAUCACGUAUGACAUUUACGGAUGCACCUACAUAUUCGCUGAAAGAUUAUAUUUGGUAUACACCAACAACAGCUGGUAGUUCUGCUCCUAAUCCUCAAACAUCAUCGGUUCCGACACGAUAUUGGAAAAUAAAUGAUCAUGAUAUUACAUUUUGGUUUGGUGAUAUGAAUUAUCGUAUAUCUCAACCAAAUGAACAAGUUCGUAAAGCUAUUAGUGAAGUAUCAACUAUUCCAUUACAUGAAAAAGAUCAAUUACGAUGUGAAAUGAAAUUAAGUCGUGUAUUUACAAAUUAUUUUGAACCACCUAUUGAUUUUAUGCCAACCUAUAAAUUCGAUACGAAUACCGAUCAUUAUGAUACUAGUGAAAAAAUGCGUACACCAUCAUGGACUGAUCGUAUAUUAUAUCAUGCAAAACGUUCAAAAAUUCGUCAGAAUAAUGAUAAAGAAUUAGAAUUAAUUCAAACAAUACAUUAUUCAUGUGCUAAAACAAUUAGAUUUAGUGAUCAUCGUCCAGUUAGUGGUCUUUAUCAAGUUGCUAUUAAAUCUGAAUGUGAUGAAAAACGUUUAAAUCGUAUACGUGAAGAAUUAAUACGUGAAUUAGAUCGUGAAGAAAAUGAUUCUAUACCAACAAUUGAAGUUCGUCCACGUCCACCAGCAAUUGUAUUUGAUAAUAUACGUUAUUUAGACAAAGUUACUUAUUCAUUAUUAAUAAAAAAUAUUGGUGAAUGUCCAUGUACAUGUGGAAUAUAUCCAUCAGCAAUGUUUGAACCAACACGUCCAAUAAAAUCAAAACGAAUAUUUGAAGAUCCAUUUUUUAAUUGUUUAACAUUUACACCUAAUUCACCUUAUACAAUAGAGAUAGGUAGACAACAGUCGAUUGAUAUUAGUUUUCAAAUGAAAAGUCAAAAUUCAUGGGUUUUGGGAAAGCAAUUAAAUGAAAUUCUUAUAUUACAUGUAGAAAAUGGUGCUGAUACAUUUAUAACAGCAGAUAUUACAGUUGAUAUGGGUCCAUUUGGUUUAUCAUUUGAACAAUUUCCUCCAACAUUCUAUGAUAGUGAGAAAAAACAAUAUGUUUAUGCAAUAAAUGAUAAAACAACAUCGGAACGUAUAUUUGAAAUGAAAAACGAUCCACCAGCACUUUAUAUAUCAUUAAUUGAUUGUUUAAAAGAUCGUAAUGAUAUCAAUUUACUUAAUAUAUUUAAUACUGAAGUUCAAGAUUCUAUUGAUUUAAUUCCAAUACGUAAUCAAAUCUAUGAACAUAAUUAUAAUUUUCAAGAUUGUCAAACUAUUCCAUUAUUCAUGAUACUUUUACAUUUAUUGCAGUCAUUACCUGAACCAUUAAUAUCACGUGAUAUACAAGAUAGAAUAUUAUUAACAAAUAAUUCGUCAAAUUUUCGUACAUAUUAUUUACCAAGUGGUUCAUCUAUGCAAUCUCAUAUACCGAAUGAAACGAAUUCUGUACAACAACAUGACAUGGCAAAAGCUGUUGGUGCAACAAUUGAAUUAUUAAAACCAAAAGAAAGAAAUUUAUUUUUUCGUUUUCUCUUACUUUUACAAAAAUGUUGGCCAACAUCCGAGCAAUUAAAAAGAAGUGAAAAUUCUAAAAAUAUUUUAAAUGUUUGUAUUGAUAUAUUGACUCUUUCAAUUUUACAUGAACAUGCUGAUCGAAAUCAACGACAUACAUUUCUAUUAGCUUGUCUCAAUGAAGAAAAAAAGAAACACUCGAAAUAA